AAAGUAGCAAAGGAGGAAAGGAGCCCAGUUCUUCAGGCGAGGGUAUAGAGAUGUAACGUGAGAAACAUCAGAUUCAGUCCUCUACAGUCACCGUUAGUGUUUGGAACGCGGCGCGGAUACUACAGCUACCGAUCGACUGGUGAUUUGUGAUAUCAGGGAAAUUUUGGCUAUAGGAUACACACCUGUUGGACUAUUUACAAGCCUAAUGAUGAACCAGCAAAUGCUGCUGUUUAACCACUGUUUACCUAACACUGUGACUCAGUGUGAAUGUUGGGGAAAUUAACAUGCGCUGCAGAUGAUUGGGAUUCUUGAUUGUGACCGGUUUUUAAAUUGCGCAAGGGAGUAUUCCUUGAAAAGGCUUACAGAGCCAGCAGUCGUCGUUUGUCGCUGAUACGUUCGAGAUCAAAACAGUAUUGUUUAUUGUGCGGAGAAUGAGUCGAUUAAAGUUGAAACCACUCGAGGAUUCUAAUUUGUACAAGCGCAGAACUACGUCGCGGGAGAACCUACUUAACGGGACUGUGACCUCAAAUGUAGAGCAGCAGCACAUGGGCAUCGCAAACACUUACGCAAACAUUCACCCAUCAGAACAAGCCUUUCAAAUGAGGCAAAUGGGCCACACGGAGGAAAGGCUUUAUCAAAACACAUCGGGUCCGAUAAGGAACACACUGCACGUGAACGGUGCGGCAGUUAACGGCAACAUUGGUAGAAACGCGGGCGUGGGUAACACUCAAUAUAGACGACCCGAUGACACGUUUCGCGAGUUUAGUCAGCUACGAUUGGCCGAUGUGAAUCAGCGUUGUGAAUUUCCCGUCAGUAAUAGAAAUGCGGCGGAGGAUAAUAUUGUGCGUGAUUUGAAAAGUGUACAAUUUGAAUGCAUCCAGCAGCACUUUCCAUCGGUGGUAGAACAGUAUACGACGGGCCAAAGUGGAAGAUAUCAAAAUUUGCCCAUUGCGAGUUCAACUCCGGUUCGAAAGAAGAUGGAGCUUAAGGAUCAGAUUGGGCGAUCUGACGUGCAGGUUAUUGGAGUCUCGGCAAACAUGUCGCUCACAUCAAUGAUCUGCACUCGAUGCGACGAAGGUUUUGAGCCUCACGAGAGGAUUGUCAAUUCAAACGGACAAUUGUGGCACACCCAAUGUUUCGUGUGUGCUCAGUGCUUCCGACAGUUCCAAGAUGGAAUCUUCUACGAGUUUGAGGGUCGCAAGUACUGCGAGAAGGAUUUCCACAUCUUGUUCGCGCCAUGCUGCAAUAAGUGUAACGAUUUCGUGAUCGGUCGAGUCAUCAAAGCGAUGGCCGCAAACUGGCAUCCGGAGUGUUUCACUUGUGAGCGGUGUAACGUUCCGCUGGCUGAUUCCGGCUUUCUACGAUAUCAGAACCGUGCCCUCUGCCAUGACUGCAACCGAAAGGAGAAGGAAGUUGGAUUGGGGAAACAUAUCUGCAAGAAGUGCCAUGGUGUAAUUGAUGAGAAUCCAUUACGUUUCCGUGGCGAAGUUUAUCAUGGAUACCAUUUUAACUGUACUUCUUGUGGAGUUGAGCUGGACUCGUCGGCCAGAGAAGUCAAGAACCGCACCGGCUACGCUGCAAACGAUAUGAAUGAACUUUACUGCUUACGAUGUCAUGACCGAAUGGGUAUUCCAAUUUGUGGCGCAUGUAGGCGCCCGAUUGAGGAACGUGUCGUCACCGCUCUGGGGAAACAUUGGCAUGUCGAGCACUUUGUUUGUGCCAAAUGUGAGAAGCCUUUCUUGGGACAUCGUCACUAUGAGAAGCGCGGAUUGGCUUAUUGCGAAACACAUUAUCAUCAGCUGUUUGGGAACCUCUGCUUCGUCUGUAACCAAGUCAUCGCUGGAGAUGUAUUCACCGCUCUGAAUAAGGCCUGGUGUGUGCAUCAUUUUUCGUGUUCAAUUUGCGACAAUAAAAUGGACCAAAAAUCGAAAUUUUACGAAUACGACGAGAAGCCAGUGUGCAAGAAGUGUUAUGAGCGCUUCCCCGGCGAACUGCGGCGCCGUUUGCGCAUGGCUCACGAGAAUACUCUAAAGAAAAAUGUCAAUUGAGCAGUGGCAUUCAGAAUCCAUUAUUUAAUUUGAUAUUUGGAAACGGAAAUGUUUUUUAUCGUCUGACGAAAAACGAAGCUAUCAGUCGAAGUGCAUGAAGUAUUUGAUCCGAAAGGAUGAUUUAAACGUCUUACAAUGUUUUCUUCUAAUGUUUUCUAUUGUUUUUUAUGAAACGAUUUUAGUCGUCGUCCAAAUCGUAGUUAUAUUAACAGCUGUUCAGCAAUAACUUCAGUGCCUUCGAGGUAGUAAGUCCUAAACAGAUUUAUCAAAACCUAUAUGUUUACAAUUAUACUUGUAUACUUAACGCUAACGACGAUGACAACAUUGUUGUUUUGUAUUCUAAUCAUAGAAACGUGUAAAAUUUUAACUCGAUUUACGUAAAGAUACAUU